UGGGGAGCCCGAGCCCAGCCCAGGCCCUUCCCCGAGCAGCGGCGGACGACGAUGAUGAGGGCCGCCGGGCUGCUGUGGGCCGCGCUGUGGGGCCUGCUGCUCCCGCCGCUUUUUAGAAGAAUGCCUGUAUACUGAUAUUCUGAACUUUGUUUAGUUCAGAACACCCUGGUUUAUUGCAGGUAACUGCAGAUGAGGGGAUCCUGCAUGCUUCUGGAAGUGGUGUACCACCAGUAACGAAGGAUUACUGCAUAAUUUACAAUUCUAAUUGGAUUUCUCUUCCAAAGAGCCUGGACAAUGCUACUUCCAGGACUCUGGAAAACCUGACUUCUACAGUACUUUGCAGUUCUUCUGAAGUUCCUUCUGGCUUAAUGAAGGACAAAGCAGUUGUAGUGAUGAGAGGAAACUGCACUUCUUUGGAGAAAGCAAGAAUUGCACAAAGUUUGGGUGCUAAAAUGCUGUUGAUUGCCAGUAAACCUAGGCUGUCUCCUCUUUCAGAUAACAAGACUGAUUUUGAAGAUGUAACUCUUCCAGUUGCUCUUAUAAGAUAUAAUGACAUAGUAGAUAUGCAGCUGAGCUGCCAUGGGAGGUUGUCUUCGACGCUUGGAAAUGAAGUUAAUGUGACUCUGUAUUCACCACCUUUGCCAGAGUUUGAUUGCAGUAUGGUUGUCAUCUUCCUAAUUGCUGUGUUUACAGUGGCACUAGGAGGCUACUGGAGUGGAGUAGCAGAACUUGAGAAUUUGAAAGCAAUAGCAAGUCCUGGGGAGAGAGAAACAAGACGGAAGAAGGAAGAAAAUGUUACUUUCACCCCUGUGACAGUUAUCUUGUUUGUUGUCAUCUGUUGUGUCAUGCUGGUCUUACUUUAUUUCUUCUACAAAUGGUUAGUGUAUGUUAUAAUAUCGGUCUUCUGCUUGGCAUCUGCAAUGAGUCUAUACAACUGUCUUGCGGCAUUGAUAGGAGAAAUACCUUUUGGGCAGUGCAGGAUUGCAUGUUGCAACAAAAACAUUGAAGUGAGGCUUAUUUUUCUUGCUGUAUUCUGCAUAGCAGCAGCUGUCGUCUGGGCAGUGUUUCGAAAUGAAGAUAGGUGGGCUUGGAUUUUGCAAGAUAUUUUGGGAGUUGCUUUCUGCCUAAACUUUAUUAAAACACUGAAAAUGCCCAACUUUAAGUCCUGUGUGAUACUUCUAGGCCUUCUCCUUCUAUAUGAUGUGUUUUUUGUCUUCAUAACACCAUUUAUCACAAAGAAUGGGGCAAGUAUAAUGGUUGAAGUUGCAGCUGGUCCUUUUGGAAACAGUGAAAAGAAUGAUGGAAACUUGGUGGAAGUCCCUACUGAACGCUCAGCUCCCCAUGAGAAAUUACCUGUGGUUAUUAGAGUGCCUAGACUUGAAUACUCUGCAUCGACACUGUGUGACAUGCCAUUUUCAUUGUUGGGUUUUGGAGACAUUAUUGUCCCAGGGCUUCUGGUUGCUUAUUGUCGAAGAUUUGAUGUUCAAACAAGUUCAUCUUCUGUAUACUACAUUUCCUGUACAAUAGCUUAUGCCAUUGGUAUGGUGCUGACUUUCAUUGUCUUGGCAUUAAUGAAGAUGGGACAACCUGCCCUUCUCUAUCUUGUACCGUGUACACUCAUUACUAGCUCACUUGUUGCUUGGAGGCGCAAAGAGAUGAAGAAGUUUUGGAAAGGAAGCAGUUACCAGAUGAUGGAACACCUGGAUUACCCAGGAAAUGAAGAAAGCACAGUAUCAGCCAGUGAACAGCCUGGAGGACAAUAAUGUGUAGGAUCCUGAUUUAAAAUAGUAUUCAAAUUUUCUACAAAUUAAUUGCAGUAAAUUUGGUGAAGUUUUACAAUAGAGUAUUUCCUACUCUGUAAAAUGGUUUUUUACUCCUGCACCUAUAUUUUUAUGGAAAAUAUUGUUAAUAACAGAAAAGUAAUCAAAAUAGACUUGCAUUUUUACAGCCAAACCAUAGCUAGUAAAACCGUGCCUUAUUUCAAUUUAAAUAAAAGGAUAUUUUCUAUGCAA